ACUGGAAGAAAUAGUGAUCUUUCAAGAUCCAUUCUGGUCCAAUCCCUUUGGGACUCCUUAAAUAAUAAACCUCAGAAUAUGCGUACUGAGAAUGAAUGGAGGAAUGAAACGAUUUUACAAGCCAGCUUCAAUAGAUAUUCAUCUAUAAUGAUGGAUAAAAUCUUUUUACAGAUUGAAAGGGAGGAAAAGGAGGAGACAAAGAGAGUUAGUUUUGCAUAA